AUGCGAUAUCGAAUUGCGAUGAUCAGCGAUUUCUUCUAUCCACGGGUUGGCGGAGUAGAGAAUCAUAUCUUAAACAUUAGCAAAGAACUACGCCAACUUGGUCACACCAUUAUUAUUAUUACCCACUCUAACACUGGGCUAGUUGGUGUACAGGAAGUGCUAGGGUUCAAAACCUACUAUUUAGACCUUCUUUCUAUCUUUGGUGGGGCUGUGUUUCCUACCUUCUUCUGUACUGCCGCUCCUAUUGCCCGGAUUCUUCUUAAUGAGCAAAUAGAUAUAGUCCAUGGCCAUCAGUGUACAACCUUAGCCCUAGAAGGUGUCUUUCAUGCCCGUAUGCUCGGUUUAGCCGUCUGUUUCACCAACCACUCUUUAGUCCAGGUCAAUACACUGGGCGGGGCACUAACUGCUACGGCUUUCCAGCUAAGUAUGCUUGAUGCCCACCAAAUCAUCUGUGUCUCCCAAGCCAGCCGAAUUAACACGGCCGCUCGUUUGAACAUUGAUCCAGAAAAGAUAGCUGUAAUUCCUAAUGCCGUCACAGAUGACUUUAUUCCUAGUCCUACUGCACUUAAACCCACUCCGGCCAUUAUUAUUACUAUUGCCGUUGUUUCCCGUCUUACUUUCCGUAAAGGCGCCGUACUUCUAGCCGAGACUUUACCUACUAUUUGCCAACUAGAUGAACGUAUUCGCUUUAUUAUUGCUGGGGAUGGAGAUAAGAGAGAUUUACUAGAACAUACGGUUGAUGCUCACCAAUUACACACCCGAGUUUCUUUCCUGGGUAAUAUUAACUCUAACCAGGUCCAACAAGUCCUUACUAAAGCCGAUCUUUUUCUGAACACUUCACUCACCGAUGCCUUCUGUAUCUCAAUUGUCGAAGCAGCCGCCUGUGGACUUUAUGUAGUCAGUACUAAUGUGGAUGGAAUUAGUGAAGUUUUACCCACCCAUAUGAUCACUCUUACUCCAGCCACACCCGCCGGAAUUAUCACCGGUAUUAAAACAGCUCUACCUAAGAUUGCCAAGUACAACAAACUCAUUUCCCAUCAAACAGUCCGUGCUCUUUAUCGCUGGCCCGAUAUUGCCCAAAAAACUAACAAUAUCUAUCACCAAAUCUACAAACAAGACAGAUCUUCUCCUCGCCAAAAACUAACUAAAUCAGCACAGGAAAUGUACCGUCUAAGAAAGCAUCUUUUCUCGCCUAGUUUCCUACUUGUUUUUUUAUUGAACUAUCUCUCUCUCUUCCUACUAACUCUUGUCUAUGAAACUCCAUUUAGAUAA